GGAGCGUUGGUGGUUGGGAAAAUGGAGUUGGGUGGGGAGAGAAAGGGUUCGGGAUUGAUGAGAAGUUUCAUGGUGUUCGAGUAUUGGUUCCUUGGGUACUCCGCGAAAGAGAAGACACAAAGGUCAGGGCUAGCUUGGAGUUGAGGUGUCUGCUGCGGGGAGCUUUGAUUCUCGUGUUAGGGUUACCAUUUUAGCAAGUCAGGGCUAGCUUGGAGUUGAGGUGUCCGCUGCGGGGAGCUUUGAUCCUCGUGUUAGGGUUACCAUUUUAGAGAGCAUUGGGAAUUUGGAAAGGAAAGAAAGUUGAAAAUGGCGGGCAGUGGUGCAUUGGCAUUGAUGAAGCAGUCGGAGUCGGCGAGAGAGGAGUGGGAGAUCUGCUUCGGGCGGUUCAUCCCGUAUCCGAGUCUGUGUUCGGAUCUGCUCCCUCUCCCUCCUCGGGUCCGCAACCUCCCUCCCCGCGGCAACUGGAUCUCCUCCUCCUCCGUGGCCUUCCUCCGCCUCUCCCACCUCCUCCUCACCGUCUCCUUCAACGCCACACUCCUCGAAGAGCACCACGUCUCCAAGCUGCAUUUCACCUGGCCUCAGGUCUCCUGCGUCUCCGGUUACCCUGCCAGGGGCAUCAGAACUGUGCUUGUUAGCUACAGAGAUUCCCAUGGCCAGAUUCAAAAGUUUGCUAUGCGGUUUCCAUCAAUCUAUGAAGCAGAGUCAUUUAUGGAUGUUUUGAAGGAGAUUCUGAAAGAUGACAUGGACCCAGAACCUUUGAAUACUGACUUUGGUUCUGAAAUUUCGUCCCAGUCAGAAUUCAUGUCAUCAAACAAGCACUCGCACAGAGCUUGUGAGGAACUGAGCUUUAUGACUCCGGUUGACAAUUACAUUCCACAACUUCCACUAUGUGUGAAUAAUGUGGGGGAGCAACCUUCGGGAUCCCAAGAAAAGGGAACAACACCUGGUCACAACUUUGAAGGCUUGCUCCCAGCCUUGCCACCCAGUUUUGCUGCACUACUGAUGGAUUGCUCUGAGAACAACCAUGCUCAACCAACUGUUUCCGAGGAAAUUGAACUCAAAUCCCAAAUUGUGAGGUACAUGGAAGAUUCUUCCUUCCAAGAUAUGUUGGUCAAGGUGGAGAAAGUUAUCAGCGAAUUGGGGGGUGAUAUGUCCCUAUAAUGUCCAGGGCAUUGAAAAUGCAUAACGAGCAGCUUAGCAUCAAUUGGCUUACUGAAUACUGAACCAUGGGAACCACCACAUAUUGCCCAAAAAAUGUACAGCGGAUUUGUUUCUCUCCUUCCAUUCUUUCUUCACUAUGUACAGUGCAGCUGAGAUACUCAUUCUAGUCUAAAGUUUGUCUUGGAUUCUUUUAUUGUUCAGCAAAUAGCAAUGUCAGAGAAAAGGCAAUGUAUGAUAGAUCAAAGUUUAGCUAGUGAAAACAUAUCAAGUGGUUUCUGUUUAAGAAAUCCAAGUCAAAACAGUGAUCUCAGAAUAAUUUUAAUCUAAUAUAGUACAAGAAUCUAAAUAUUGAGUUUUUCUCCACUUUGUCACCAGAUGGUA